GAUGCAGCGAGCGUUGUGAAUUAUUUUCAAACGUCAUACGACCAAAAUGGCUUCACAAUGGACUUCCAAGCUGACAAAGUUUGCAAAGGCAGUGGCUGAAAACCUUCCCAAAGUCGGAGAGGCAGGAGCAGCUGCCCUAGUUGGGAUUCCUAUUAAGAGAUCUGUGUCAUUUAAGGAUUUCAUUAAAAGAAUAUCUCUUUGUGAGAGCCAGGAAGAGAUAGAGCACACAAUCACCGCCGAGCUGGAAGGCCUGGAGCAGCGGCUGGCCCAGCCGGGGUCGGACGGCUCUGUGCGUGCCCAGGCACUCAGCGUGGCCAUCUACUGCCACCUGCUGGGCUAUGAUGUGCGCUUCAUCUGCAUACACGCCAUCACCCUGGCUCAGCAGGGCUCGCUGCUGCAAAAGAGGAUCGGUUACCUAUCUGUCUCGCUACUGCUGCGACCAACGGACGAGCUGGCGGUGCUGCUCAUCAACACGUUGCUAGGCGACCUGCGCAGCGCUGACGUGUUGGUCGUGUGCACGGCUCUGAACAUAGUCUGUCAUUUGGUGACGGCGGAUAACGCCGGCGCUCUGUUGCCGGCCGUGCUCGACAAGCUUCACCACCGACAGGCCGUGGUGCGGGACAAGGCGACGCGCGCGCUGCACAGUCUGCUGCUGCGCGCGCCCGAGCUGCUUCCGGCGCAGCUGCCGUCUAUCGAGGCCGCCCUGCUGGACCGCGACCCGAUCGUCAUGACGUCCGCCUGCCAGCUGUGCCUCACCUUCGCUACGCUGAACCCGGGCAUGUUUUCACACCUGACUACCAGUCUGAUGACGAUCCUGGGACAGAUUCAGAGCCGGAAACUGCCGCCCGACUUCGACCACAAGGGUGUGCCGGCUCCGUGGCUUCAGUGCUCGCUCAUCAGGCUGAUCUCGUACCUGUGUCCGGCCGACUCGGGGCUCUCGGAGACGUUCUCGCAGUUCCUGGUGUCGCAGUUGACGGCUCCCGUGCCGGCCACCGUCAUGGGGUUCGCCAUUCUCUGCGAGUGUGUGUCGGCGGCGGCCACGCUGCCGCCGCCGCCGGCGCCGCCAGACCCGGCCGGCGGCGACGGCUCGGCGCCGGCCGACGGCCUGCACGCGGCAGCGCUGCGCUGCACGGCGCUCAUGCUGCGCAGCGCCAACGGCAACGUACGCUACGCCGGCCUGUCGGCGCUCUGCCGGCUGUGUGAGGCGGGCGGCGCGCGGCCGGCCGGCCCGCUCCAGCUGGCGGUGGUGCAGUGUCUGCGCGAUGAGGACGAGACGGUGCGGCUGCGCGCGCUGCAGCUGCUGCACGCAGUCGCCACCGAGCAGAGCGCUGCGGCCGUCUGUCAGCGGCUGCUGGAGGCGGUCGCCGCCGCUGAGCGCCGCCCGCUGCGCACCCUGCUGCUCGGCCGCGCCGCGCUGCUCGCCGAACGGUACCUGACGCGGCGGCCGCAGCUGCUGCAUGUCAUCAACCGGGUGCUGGAGGAGGACGAGGCGCCGGCGGCGCGCCUGCGCAGCCGGCUGGCCGCGGAGCCGCCGGGCGGGCCGCUGCGGCCGGCUGCCGCCCGCCUGUACGCCGAGCUGGUGGUGGGCGGCGGCGCGGCGCCGGCCGUCCAGCGGAUGGCGCUCUGGGUGGUCGGCGAGACGGGCCACCUGCUGGAGCCGGAGCUGCUGACCGCUGCGGUCGGCGCCGUGUGCGACCGGCUGCCCCAGCUGGCCGCCGACGACCCCCUCCGCGACCGGCAGCCGGGCGAGUCGAGCUCGCCGCUGCAGCAGCACCUGCACGCCCUGAACCGGCUGGUGUGGGAGUGCCGCGCCGAGCUGCCGGCCGCCGCCGCCGCUCGGCUAGCAGACACCCUGCCUCCGCUGGCCGCCGGACCGGACCCGGCCGCAGCCCAGCUGGCCCGCUGCACGCUGGCGCUGCUCGGGGACGCCGAGCGGCUGCGGCGCGCGGCGGUGCUCGCCGAGGACGUGCUCUCGGGCCGGGCGCGGGCAGACUUCACGCUGUCGUUCGCCGACGCCCGGGUGGCCGCGGAGCUGGAGCGCGGCGCUGCGGUGCUCCGUCCGCCGCCGGUCGCCGCCGCCGGCCCGGCGCGGCUCGGUGCCAGUGUCCCCACCGUCUCGGACCGGUCGUCGCCGUCUCUGGACGCCGGCAGUCCGUUCGAGACGCUGGGCACUCUGCCGCUACCGCGAUUUCUCUCGGUGGACGAAGGAGACGCCUCCGUCGACGAGCCGCCGCCUGUGUGGACCCUCAAAGGUCGCGCGCCCGGUCCCGUCUCGUCACCAGCGGCCCCGGACCUGGCCCCGCCGCCGGCCGCCCACCCUGCGCCCUCGGCUGAGGAUGAGACCGCCCGCGAGGUGGCAGCUCUGUUCCCCUCCGACGACUCGUGACGUCGGCCGUCAGGGCAGUGGAACUCGUGAGUCGCCCCAGUCGCCUUUCAGGAGAGAAUGUCCCGACCUUCGCAGUGGCUCGCAUACAAUAUGAACGGCACGCGCAAGGUCUGAGCAUUUAUAUACACUGUGAUAUUAUUA